AUGGGGUUGAUCAUGACCCAAUCUCGGAUCUUGAAUCUCACUGACAGAGAUUUGUUUGGCCGUCUUGUUACUUACAAACGUCUAGAGGAGCCUCCACACCCGACUAACAUCGGACCACUAGUGACAUGUCAGGAGUGUCAGUACCCCCGAUCCCAUCCGCAACUCCAAGAAGCUAAUCUCAACCCUGCGAAAGAUCCUCAAACGCAGCAAAACAAGCGAUGGCAAAUGUUCGCUAUGCUUCUCAGCCUAUGGACGCGAUGGGUGUUUCCAGGAAAUGUGCAUUGA